AUGGCCCAGGGCGCGCAAGAUGUGGGACAACUGGGGCAAGGUUCUCUUCAUAUUUUGCAAUUGUUCGAUUCGAGCUACACUGUUCUUUCCGUUGAUCAGACAAUAACCGAGCAUCUCAAAAGCGUGGAAAGUGCAAAGGAAAAAUUGGAUUCGGCAAAAGCAAUGCUCAGCGGACUUGGGCCGCGCAAUUCUCCUACCGAGAAAAUACACAUGCAGCAACUGAUCAGGAAUGCUGAAUACUGUGCACGAAUAUUGGCACAAGACCUUCACCCCGCAAGGGGUGACCCUUUGUCAUUUCAGGCCGCUGGGUCGACAUCACGGCCAUUUUUGAUCCUCGGUUCUGACCAACCUGCUAUAUCGACACACCUUCAAGAAUUGAGCUCUGCUUGUAGCUCUCUGGAAAGAUUGAUCGAAGCCUGCAAAUCCUCUCCUGCUCCAACAAGUCUGGAUGAAUCUAAGAGUGAUCUCCCAGAUUAUGAUCCAAGCAUGCUCCUGCAUUACAGAAGAGUAUCAAGAAUUCGAUAUCGACGUGUAAACAGCUUGCCAGAUGUCGAUCAGUCUAAAUCCGAACCUCGAGAAUCUCUAGAACAAAGUCCGAAUGUGAUAACUUCAUCCAGUGAAUCGUCGCUUGGAAGACACGAAUUGCCCGCCCGGCCAACUUCAACAUCACCGGCCCAAGGGAAUUUUCGUGGUCCAGUUUGGUCGCCAUCUUUGACAUCGAUGCCCGAGCUUGAGGGUGAUCCGGUUCCAAUUGCGGCUCGUGAUAACGAUGACUGCGCGGUAAUUCCUUCCCGUGAUAUUGACGAGAAUGCCAGAGAAUUUCCUCUUCGCCCGGUCAAGUCUUCGUCUCAUCCAGAUUCACCGUAUCUCCAUCCGACGCCUCCAAGAACCUGUCCGUAUCCUCUUGGUACGCAGGAUGGCGAUGCUAGGUUCCUCGAACCGGCUUCCACUUCCAACAUGUUGCAGCGGAGAGGAUAUACGACAGCUCUUCCGCAAGAUUCACAAAUGCAUUCUGAUCGGUGCAGAGGCGACACCGACGUCAGCUCCAGUCGCGAUAACUCGGGCUUAUUUAAAGGCUUGUCUCUUCAGAAGACUACAGCCUCGAGUUUGACAUCGCUGGGCACCUCGCGAGCUGAUAAUGACAGUGCAAGCACCGUAUCUGGUGUUCUCACCCAUUCAACUUCAAGAUCAUCUCAGCAAUCGGACCGUAUACGUCACAGAACUUCCUUUACAUCGACUUCACGGCAAAAUUCAGACCAAGCUGUGCGGAAUCAGCAAAACCUAGCGGUCGCCAGCUCCGGAGGGGCGAUUGGAGUUCCUAGCAAGGAUACAAUGCAACUACCACUAGGAAGUCCCGUCAGGGCCGACCAGAUCCUACACCUCAGGGGCGACGGAGGCGCUCUUUCAAAACGUCCCUUCAUACUCUCAUCGGAAUCCAUCGAGCCUCCCUCGACUAGACAUUAUCCUCCACAAUUCGGCCACAACAGUAACGCAGAGCAAUUUCACCAAACUAUCACCUCAAGACGGCAGUUGGAGCAGUCCCAGCGAGGUUCAACGAGCACAAGCCCAGAUACUCAUCUGCAUUCCCAUUCAAAGUCUUUCCAUAUCAUCGCCCCGGACAUUAUAGAGCUACCGUCAGGAACAUCUACUGAACCGCAGUCCUUUACACUGAGACAAGAGCUUCAACACCAACAUCAACAGCCCUUACGGACAAAUUCGAACUCUGGAAUCGACGUUAGGAUACCUGCUCAAAUCGAAGACAGCCCAGUCAUCACCGAGUCCAGUAGUGGAAGCAGCAGAGCGCCUAGUACACCACGGCCAGCCCGGAAGCGAAGUUCUUGGCUCUUCCGACAGGUCGAGAAAGCUGGACUGUGA